UCCGCAUUUUCCAACCUACCCUCGUCAACCAACAAUGCAACGACCACCCAACAACCUCCGUCGUAUAACCCAAGACCAGGAACACAUCAUCAUAGUCGACGCUCUCAGGCAUGUCAUAUCUGGGACGGGCCCCACUCAGCCAGAAAGAAUCCCGGUUUUCCUAUCGUCCACGUCGUCACUCCCCUCCACCAGUGGGACCGGGGCGGAGCAGCAGGCCCCCCCGACCAUGCUCUCCCUCCCCGACGUGGCCACGUGCCCCGUGUGCAAGAUCAACGGCUGCCUCGGGUGCAACUUCUUCGCGCCGGGCAAAGCCGUGACGACGCCGGGCAACAACUCCGCGCAGGCCAAUAAGAACGCCACCAGGAAGAGGAAGGGUUGUUACAGGGGAGUGAGGCAGAGGCCGUGGGGGAAGUGGGCGGCGGAGAUCCGGGACCCGCGGAGGGCAGCGCGGGUGUGGCUGGGGACAUUUGAGACAGCGGAGCUGGCGGCCCGCGCCUACGACAGGGCAGCGCUCGAGUUCCGCGGCGUGCGGGCCAAGCUGAACUUCCCUCAGCCGCCGCCGCAGAGCGAGUGUGGGAGUACCGUCGCCAAUACGGGUGGGGACGUGACGGAGGACGGCAAGGCUGAUCAAACGAUCAAACCGAAGGCCGAAGUGAAAGUGGACAACAAUGCCGGUGAAGGAGCUCCGUGGCUUGAGCGUGACGACGGGAGAGGAGUGAACGAGUUCUGGGAGAAGCUAGAGGAGGAGGAGGAGCUCGAGGAGUGGACGGCCAUGCACUUGCCUCCAUGAACGAAGAGAGAGAGAGAGAGAGAGUUGCAUGGUUUCCACAGACCACGUGGACGAACGUCAUUCGAAUCGUGAAUUAUUGUGGGGCCAUUAUGGGGUCCCACGUAAUUAACAAUUCUUAUGGGGCUCGACCUACAUUAUCCAUGCAAUAUACGAGCAUUUUAAAAAACAAGA